AGGGCUCUUCGUGGCACUAAUAAUCGUCCAUACCUCCAACUUAACGAAGGGUGAUCAAUGGAUCUCUUCGAUGAUGAUGAGACGCAUAAAAUCACGAUAAACCAACAUUUUGCUGCAGCUUAUGCUGCGAAGAAGGAGCGAGAGGAGUUGUCAAUAUUGGAGGAAAAGUAUGGAUCCGAAAGCCAGAACGACGACGAUGAUGACGAAAGUGAAGAAGAUGAGGAUGAAUAUGGCGAUGACAUUACGCCAGCCAUGGAUGCUGCGAUCUUCAAGACGUUAAGUCGCAUCAGGCGAAAGGAUCCUAUCAUCUACAACCAGGAGAAAGACGUCUUUCAAGAGGAGGCUCGUCGGCUGGCGAGUGAUCUCGGCGGGAAUCGUUUCCCAAAGAAACCAUCAAAAGAAACCUCGAAGCCCGUUACGCUUCGAGAUAUGACUGUUCAGGAAUUGCUCCAUCCUGAUCAAGAAGAAAGCGUCGUCCCGACCCACGCAGAGGAGCAAGCCACCUUGCGGAAAGAGACCAUAUCUGCGUUCAAGACAGCCGCCGUGGAUGAUGACGUCGAACUUCUCACUCUUCGCAAUCCCGCGAACGAAAUGAAUGACGAGUCAUACAGACGGUUCUUGCUCGAUAGUGUGGGUGAGACUGACAUGAGAACGGUGCUGUCUUCGGAUGUGGAGGAGACCCCCAAACUGGCAGACUUCCGAAUGCCAGUUGGUGUAGCACAGGAAAAGCAUGUGAGGAAGAGGAAACGCACAGGUAUCUUGGACACGCCUGCCGAUGAGGAAUUUCUCCUCAAAUACAUUCUCAACCGAGGAUGGAUUGAUCGCUCCGAGCAACGUCAUCCUACUCUAGAAGAGAUUACUGCAAAACCGGUUGAGGCCGUCAUGCAAGAAAAAAUAACAGAAGAAGAUUCGGACUUCGAGGAUAUCACGGAUCAGUUUGAAUCGUCCUACAACUUCCGUUUUGAAGAGCCGCACGCAGCAGUGAUCACCGCCCACCCGAGAAGCAUUCAGUCCACUGUGCGCCGCCAAGACGACUCGCGAAAACUGCAGCGUGAAAAGCGGAGGAGAAGGAAGGCAGAGGAAAAAUUGGUCAAACAAGAGGAGUUGAAACGUUUGAAGGCUCUUAAGCGGAAAGAGAUCGAGGAGAAGUUGAAGAUCCUGGGACAUGUCAGCGGCAAGCAUGAUAUUCGGACUGAUGAGCUUGACCUCGAGGGUGACUUCGAUCCAGAAGCCCACGACGCCCAAAUGCGCGCUGUUUUUGAUGAAGAAAUUUAUGAUGACCAACAUGAGCAGAGUAAACCAACAUGGGAUGACGAGGUGGACAUCACCAACCUCCUCUUGAAAGAGGCAGAAAAAACGGAGAGGCGGCAAAACAAAUCAAAAGAAACAAAUCAAACGGCUGAUGUGGUUGAUGCUCCACAUGCGGCCACCAGCUUGGAUCUGCGGCGAAAGGUGGACGAAUAUAUGGACGAAUAUCUUGGGCUGGAUUACAAUGGAAUGGUUGGAGACCAGCCCACGAGAUUCAAGUACAUGGAGGUUCCUGUCACAUCAUUCGGGCUGACGCCCACAGACAUCUUGUUAGCCGACGAUGCCGAGCUCAAUACUUAUAUGGGCAUGACUAAGUAUGCGCCAUACCAUCCUAACCCUACCGACAAACGAGGAAAGCGGUAUUGGCAACUCAAGGAGGCGCUGAAGGGUCGCUCAUGGUCAAGAGAUACGAAGGAUGAGCCCAAGGCGAACAGUAUGACAAAGAGGAAAGGCAAAAAGGAGAGGGCUAGAUCGAGGGCAUCAAACGACGUGAAUGUGGUGCAAAGGUCAGACUGUCAGGAUGAGCGACUAGCGAAAAGACAGAAGACCGCAUAAAUUUCUUGCAAAGACUAAUGACCUUGCUUCUUCCGUUUCUUAGUACCUGCCACAGCUCCCGAUCCGGCUGUUGGCGUCGGUACCGCCACGACGGUGCCUUGCGUCGCACCACCACCCAUACCCUCCUUCUUUCCCUUUUUUGUUUUCCUUGCAUCCUUCGCACGGUCUUUCUUUUUCAGCCAACGUUCUGGGUCCGGAAGCGGAGUUAUACCUAGGACGACGUGCUUGGGUAUACGAGAUUUGUGCGCAGAGCUUGGGACGGAGUGAACUUGUGUUAUUGGGGUGGGGGCGGAUGUCGUAGUAGAAGGUAUCGUAAAAGGUGCAGAUUCCAGUCGUGACGUGUCUACGGUCACCUUGAUGCCCGUUCUAUAUCCAGAAUCGAUGAAAUUGAGGUAGCUUUGGGCGACCGCCAAGUUGCUGAGAAUGUCAUCGCUUUCUUCCCCAUCCUCCUCCGCUGGGCAGGUAUUCAAUAGACGCGUGUACACUUCCCGACAUUCCUCAUACGCCGUGUCUCGAUACUUCAGCUGUGCCUCCAGAUGCUUCAGGCCCCUUUGUUUUUCCGGGGAGGUGACGGUCAAGCUUCCCAGAAGGGCAUAGGAUUGUUCCUUAUCCUGAAGCCUGUACAGAGAGUAGGCUCGUUCAAAGCUUGCGUCAAGCUGUAACUGAGACAGAAGAUGCAGGGCAUCAAGGUAUCUCUCAAGUUGAAGUAAUAUGUAUAUCUUCGCUUCGGCGGCAUGUUUUUCUUUCGGUGCGAGUCUCAGAAUUCGGUCGCAGUUCUUGAGAGCAUUCUGAAAGUAUCCCCCGUCCAGCUGAGUUGUAAGCGCCUGAUAAAGGACAGUUAAUUGUUCGUCGAGUGAUUUC